CAGAGUCCUAGCCUGGCUGGCAUACUCACCUGAUAUGAACCCCAUUGAGGACUUGUGGUGCCUGAUCUUCAAACGUCUGGAAAAGCAAGCUGCGGUUGCAAAAGACCUCGAUGAACUUUGGGAGUGGACGUUGGAGGAAUGGGAAAAGAUUCCGCUCAAAUACCUCCGGAAGCUCAUUGAAUCGAUGCCCCAGAGGGUGAAGGACCUGUAUGAUGUUAAGGGGGGUCAUACAAGGCAUUGAGGUUUACUUGCGAGGGUGAGGAGGGGGGUGUUACCGGUGGGGCACUCAGGAAGGACCCCCGCGAAUACAGUAGUUAGGG